CACACACGCACACAUGCACCCGCCUGCACCUAUUUAUCCAGCCCCUUGAUACCACCUUUGUUUCUCUUUUUAUUACCAUUCGUCAUUCGUCAUUCACAGUGCCUGAAGCAGCUCAGCCCAACGGAAAAACCGCCGCACGCCUCCAGAUAGAGUUGCGCUGCUAAUUUAGCCUUUUUGGGAACGGCCCGCAACAUCCGGCGUGGCGCUGCUGCUUGCAAAUCACGCCAGUUGUUGCCGAUGCUGUCGAAAACAGGUAAAUAGGGGCUGCUGGUUUGGGGUAACGGCGGCAUGCUGCUUGCAUUAGGUUUAAUAUGAAGCGACGCAGCCCGGCUCUGGUUUCUGCAUGCCGACCAGUCUUUGCUAUAAAUCCACCGGCUCCCCGGUAUCAGCUGGUCUUCUGGCUCUUUAUACAGCUCCUGCACACCCCUCGUCUACCUCCAGUUCCAGCGCUCGAUCUGCCUGUCAAGAUGCUCGCACCGACCACCAACACUGCUCUUGUCCUCUGCGACCGCGAGUGCACAUGCGCCUUAUGCCUCAGUGGCCGUGGGUACUAACCAUCGCAUCCACCGCCUCUGCAUCGCACAUGUACAUACCACACAUACCGACUCGAUCUGCCGGCUCCUUCUCCUCCCGACACCUAGUUUCGGCCAACCACCAAAAGCACGCAGCACGUGCAUUCAAAAGGGCAUGCAUUCUCCAAGCUGCCAUCCGCAUAUUUCCUCACCCCAGCCCAUGUCAAAUAAACUAU